AUGGGAGAACUACUCCAUGGAGAAGAAAGCAAAAGCAGAUUCAGACACGGAAUUCAUACUGCAAAGGAUGGAUUCCUGCUUCUGGACGUUGAUUGGCACUUCUCCAAGCUCAAGCUGGCCUCCAAUGGUGUUGAAGAUCAAUCUAGGGCACUUGGGAACUCUUGCUCGUCACUUUCUCUCUCUAGAAGUCGUUCUUUCUCUCAAAAACUCGAAUCCCCUUCUGUUUGGCUGAAAAUCUGCUUAAAAAGGCAUCAGCCAAAGCACGGUCGAGGGCACGGCCGUGUAAUGCCUCAGCCCGCCCGUGCUUUGGCUAGUGUUAAUUACACGGCCAGUGCAUUGGGAGAAACACGGCCGUGCUUUGGUGGAACACGCCCGUGCUUUGGCAGAACACGCCCGUGUUUUGUUUUGGCCCUGCCCGUGUAA